GUUGCGGCGGUUCCACGUCGCCAGGCGGUCCGCGGGCUGGAGCGGACGGAGCUCUGCCCGCCGCCUGCGUGAGCGCCGGCCCUUCGGCUCCCGGAGGCCAUGGCGGGGCCGGGCCCCGGGGACCCGGACGAGCAGUACGAUUUCCUGUUCAAGCUGGUGCUGGUGGGAGACGCGAGCGUGGGCAAGACGUGCGUGGUGCAGCGCUUCAAGACGGGCGCCUUCUCGGAGCGCCAGGGCAGCACCAUCGGCGUCGACUUCACCAUGAAGACCCUGGAGCUCCAGGGCAAGCGGGUCAAGCUGCAGAUCUGGGACACAGCUGGUCAGGAGCGGUUCCGCACCAUCACCCAGAGCUACUACCGCAGUGCCAAUGGGGCCAUCCUGGCAUAUGACAUCACCAAGAGGAGCUCCUUCCUGUCUGUGCCUCACUGGAUUGAGGACGUGAGGAAGUAUGCGGGCUCCAACAUUGUGCAGCUGCUGAUCGGGAACAAGUCGGACCUCAGCGAUCUCCGGGAGGUCCCCCUGGCCGAGGCACAGAGUCUGGCCGAGCACUACGACAUCCUGUGUGCCAUCGAGACAUCUGCCAAGGACUCAAGCAACGUGGAGGAGGCGUUCACAAGGGUGGCCACGGAGCUCAUCAUGAGGCACGGGGGCCCCAUGUUCAGUGAGAAGAGCACUGACCACAUCCAGCUGGACAGCAAGGACAUCGGAGAGAGUUGGGGCUGUGGGUGCUGACGGGGGGCAGGGCAGGUGGGCCGGGGCCUCCCACCUCCUUUCUCUCUCUGGCCUGCCAAGCCCAGCCCUCCAGAGCCACCCUCCAGGGCUCCAGCAAGUCUAGAGCAGCGGGGUAGUGUCCUGGAGCCACACCUCCUUGUCCCGGAAGCUCGAUGGGAAGGCUCCCCUAGAGGAAGGGAGGAGCAGGGACCUCCUGCAGGAGGCCUGUUGGCCCAUGGCGGGUGUGGGACCUGUCUUGCCAGCCAGGAUCCCUCAGGAUCCCUCCACGUUCUUCAUAUUCCAGGACUGGCCUGAGUGCCCCUGCCAGUGUGGGCUACAGUGCGGGGCUGGAGCAUGCCUCACCUGGCACACAUCCUAGUCCUGCCUGUGUGCUACCUUGAGAUUGCAAUGGCUGUA